UCAAUAUUCUUCAUAUAGUUCAAUUGCCAAUAAUUAAUAUUCGCAGUUGCAAAUGUACAUUCAAAUUGCACUCGUAUUUAUUUCUUUGGAACAAUUAGGUAAGCUAUAGGCUGGAACAAUCACCCAGCCAAUAACAAGUUAACACCAACUGUGUGAACUGCGGAUUUCUCUCUCCAAACACCCAGAGUGAGUGUUCUCUUUUCAAAAUUCAAUAAUUGUUACAUACCAUAUACCAUACCACAAUCAUUAGUAGAACCAGUAUUUUUUUUAUGUAUAUAGUCGUUAUGAAAUAAUUGUUAUUGCCUCCAGCUUCUAUUUUCGCGCUUCGAAAAUAACAGAAUAAUUUACAUACCUAUCAGUCUAUUGCUUAAUUUACUGGUUUUGUUUACUGUAUUACCUCUUAACCUCCCAAAAUGAUGGUGCUGGAGAUAACUAGAAGAAUUUCAAAUUCCUACUAAGAGGUGCUGAUUAAAUAGAGAAAUCUUGUUUUAUAUGCUUAGUACUAACUCAAAUAAUGACUACAAUUAUAUUCUUCAAGUUUACACUUUUAAUGUUAUACUGGUCAUCUUCAGUGAAUGUAGUAGCAGCUAUUAAAUGUUACAAUUGUGGAAUGGAAGAAACUAAUCCAUGUGACAAUUUUAAUCCAAAUAAUUCUUCCUUUAUAGUAGAAUGUCCCAAAAAGUUUUCUUGUGUGCUGGAAACACAUGGAGAGACAAAAAUCAGGACAUGUGAAGAUGGGCAGUUAGAUGAUUGUCAGAAAGCCAACAACGUGGAGUAUUGCUAUUGUACUGGAGACCUUUGCAACGGAAACACUAUUCAAUUCGCCCCUUCUGAUGAUGAAGAUUAUAUUGAAGGUAGUGGAAUUAAAACCACUACUAUAACCCCUACAACUACAAUCAAACCUCAGGUAACUGUUCCGAAAUUGGCAAACGGUCAACCAGAAAUAGCUAGAAUUAAUAUACUCCUACUCCAUCUAUUAUUUCUUUUAUUGUAUAAGAGAUAAAAUUGAGUUGUGUUCUACAUGUGAGCUUUUUAGAUGCUUCAUUGUUUCUUUUACUUUCAUUAAAACACAAGGUGUGUAAAAAAAUUAUUUUCCAGCUUAUACUCCCUGUAUAUAGCUAUUGAAAUGUGAUAAUCUCAGCUCUCUAACCGAAUGUGACUGAAUAAGAUAUAACUUUUUAAUUACACCUACUCAUCCUGGGUGUAUAAAAACACUUAACUAUUUUGCUUUUGGAAUUUUCUUUUAGGUGAAAAAUUACACUGAUUAAAACUUUUUGAAACAUUUAACAUGUUGGUAUCUAUGGAAAACUAAAAUUUAAAUUGUUCCUCUUAUAUUCUAAUUUUAUUGAUUUUGUUCGUUCAAAUCAUUUAAAUCGGAACUUGUCAAUUAAAUUAAUUAAAUGAUGAGUCAACUGAAUCAUAUUAAUUGAAUAAAUAAAAAUAUACUGCAAUAACAAAAGUUCAUUCCGAACUUUUCGCCAUCAUUUAAGUAAUUCCAUAUUAUUCAUCAUUCUUGAGAAAACCGAUGUUUAGUUCGAUUCAUUCCUAAAUAAUAAAAGAGAAUUGAGUUCUAUUGCUUUCUUCCCAAAUUGCUUAGUAUUAUAUUUUGAAAAUUACCAUUUACGUUUUACAUUCAUAUGUCAUGCUCCCUUUCUCUACAUUUAUUUGUAGAGCUUCUCUAUCAGUAUUAUUGAUGUCUUCCAAUUCAUAAUGUCUCAACAGAAAAGUAUGAAGUUACCAUAACUAGUUCUUAUUUAAUUUUAAGAUAUAAUGAAAUAGAUAUAAAGCUAUAAGAUAUAAUUAACCAACAUACCUCCUAAUUUCUAUCAAAACUUGGUUGAUUUUUUUUUAAUUUGACAGAAAUACUGCUAUAAAUUUUAGAGCCUUUACCAUAGUUAUUUAUAAGCAAUUGCUAUUUUUUACUGUUACAAUAUGUCUAUAUUUACUGAAUAUUUAAAUGCCAGUGCUAUUUUUUAUAUAAUGAAUUUUUUUACUAAUACACUUCACAUACAAUAUAUUAAUCACAGAAGCCACAAGUAAUUACCAAAGAUCAGUAUUAUCUUCACCAAAGAUAAUAAUUCAUUCAAAUUUCCAAAAUGAAACAAUAUUGUCACAAAUUUUACCUGAAUUUGAAGGAAAUAGAAAAUUAUUUUAUAAGUUGUUUAUACAUAUUAGUAUAGAGGCUCAAUUAUCGUCAAUUCAAUAGUAAUUUUACGAUAACCAGUAUUAUUCCUAUUUGAAAAUGAAUAUUUUACCUAUGGAAAUAUAUAUAUAAUUAUUUUCGUACUGUUUAUAGAAUUAAUCUGCCAGUAUUACAAAAAGAAAUUUUUAUAUAAAUGUAUAUGUAUAGUAAUUCUUUGUUUAUAGUAAAUAAGUUUGAGCCUGAAAAAUUUUAAGAUAAACUAUAUUUAUAUAUGUUUUUAUGCAAAGCAGCUUAAGCGAAUAAGAGGUAUUUAAUUUACUCAACUGAGGUUCACAUUUACCUGAUUUCAGUUGUUGAAAUUAAUGCUUACUUACAAAUAUUCAAAAUAUUCUAGUCGAAAAAUGUCAAUGUUUGUACAACAAUUUGUAAAGAAAAAUGUGGAAAUA